AUGUCGGAACCACGUCUGCCCAUCUCAGGAAUCUGGUCUGUCCCAAUAACAGCCUACCACCUGUUCCUCUCCGGGCGAGUAGGGUGGCAACGAAAGCAGCACCAAGUGAUCAUGGGCGAUCGCCUGCCCGACUCCAACUCCGACAACCUCGUCUCCGACCCCCUGCACACCGCGAUCCGCGCCCAUGCCAACUUCCUCGAGAACAUGCCGCUCGCCAUGAUCCUUGCCGUCAUUGCGGAAUUGAAUGGGAUGCCGCGGCGGUAUCUGCACUGGGCUCUUGCUAGCUUCUUCGCAGUACGUGUCGUACAUGUGGAGCUGGGGCUUAUGCGACGCGGGACACAGGGCCUGGGCAGGUUCGUUGGGUACUGGGGAACUAAUGCGUGGUUCAUAGGGAUGGCGUCCUGGAUGGGCUAUUGCGGUAGAGGGUACUGGGGUUGGAAGUGA